ACGUUAAAUUCUUUUGCAAACAUUCAUGCCUAAGGAAGGGUUGGAACAAACCUGAGCCGCCUGAACCGGUCAGACAGGUAAGGAGGCUUGUUGACACCGUUAUGUUUGCAGGGCGCAUGCUCACUCCCAAGUUUCCUGGUGCAUUUUCUAUUCCACCUUAUGAAACUUUUUUUUUCUCCGUGUGGUCUCACCCACGAUUUAAGAAAUAAGCGACGAGCUGGCGGAAAGAUCGAGGCCAGGGUGGGGGCCCAGCUGGGACACCAGGGGGCUAGGGGCCCUGGGGGGAGUACAGGGGAAAGGCGAGGCUAGGCGAGGCGAGGAGAGGCGGGAAGGUGGGGUGGGGAACCCUGGAAUCCCCGGGUAGGAGAAGCAGCCGCCUCUUGCGGAGUUCUGAGAGAGAAAGACGAGAGGGGGACAAGGGGGCUGCUACCCGCGCGGAAAAGUUCAGGGGCGCGAGCUCGCCAGGCUAAGAGGGGGGAGCUUGAACCAGGUAAAGGUAGAGGGUACUCGAACCCUCUCCCCUAUUCUUCCAAACCCCACCAUGCCCAAAGUCUUCCUGGUGAAGAGAAGAAACCCAGUGGCUGCGAUCCGCAGUUGGGAUGAGCUCCCCGACGAGGAAAGAGCCGACACCUACAUCCCAGUGAGCCUGGACUGCAUGCUCCACUACAGCACCGAGGACUACCGCAGCGAGAGCAGCAGCAGCAGCAGCGAGAGCGGCGGCGGCCACGGGGACCCCGGGGGCGCCGACCUCUGCCGCCUGGGGAGCGGCUCCGCGCAGGAGCCGGAGCCCUCGGACCACCUCGCUCCCCCGGCGGCGGCAGCGCCGGAGCCCGGGACGCACGAGGAGCCGGGGCUGCACCUGGCCGGGAAGCGUCCGACCGCCAGGUCUAAAAUCAAGUUCACAACAGGGACCUGUAAUGAAGCUACAGUGUAUAGCUGCGAGCUGUGUGGCAAAGGCUUCCGUCUCCAGCGAAUGCUCAACAGACACCUCAAGUGCCACAACCAGGUGAAAAGGCACCUGUGCACCUUCUGUGGCAAAGGCUUCAAUGAUACUUUUGAUCUGAAAAGACAUGUUCGAACUCACACAGGUAUCCGCCCUUACAAAUGUGAGAUCUGCAACAAGGCCUUUACCCAGCGCUGCUCCUUGGAGUCUCACCUGAAGAAGAUCCACGGGGUGCAGCAGCAGUAUGCGUACAAACAGCGCCGGGACAAGCUGUACGUCUGCGAGGACUGCGGCUACACCGGCCCGACCCAGGAGGACUUGUACCUGCACGUGAACAGUGCCCACCCUGGAAGUGCUUUCCUCAAAAAGACAUCGAAAAAACUGGCCGCCAUUUUACAGACAAAGCUGACUUCUGUUCUCCAGAGGAAUGCCAAACUGAGCGAGGAGGACAAGUGAAGGGCCAGGGACUGACACUAUGAAGUUUACAUGUUUGAUAAGUUUAUAUGCUGGUUUUGUCCCCCCCCCUUUCUUUUUAGAUUUUUUUUUUUAAAUUAAGAAACGUUCAGAUCUCUCUCUGUCCCUUCAAGAUAGUGGUCUCCUCCUUCUUUGAUCUGUUAUGAUACUGUCACUUAUAUAAUGUUGGUGUCGUCUUGAAACUGAGAGAAGUUGAAGCAAGACUUGCCAAAAGGUUGUUCUGUGUUUUGUUUUGAUUUUUUUAAACAGGGGCCACUGCUGUGUUUUGUACAAUCGUUGUUAAGACUCUGUCCAGAGGUCUUCUUGAAGACACUCCCAUUUUUAUUCUAUGAGAUCCUGGGUCACUGGUACCAUGAAGGAAAGUAUCCUCUCUCAGAUGUUGUUAGAUUGAGAAUGGGAUUAUUUCCUUUCUAACCGAGUUUACAGAAAUUAUUUUAAUAAAUGAAAUGGCCCUAUAAAACUUUUUUUUUUCUAAGAAGAGAUCAACUAUAUUUUCUUGUCAGGCUUUAUGGUGUGAACUUUGACUUCAGAUUGUGUUUUUGAUUGUUUUUGUGAUUGGUUGGGAAGGGAGUUUUAAAAAAAAAAAAGACAUUGAAGGCAGCUGAGAGCUGGAGCAAAAACAUCAGCUAAAGCUGUGCAGUGUCUAAAAUGCAGAUCUUCGAGAUUUCCUGCCCUCCCUUCCUUUGGCAGUCGUGUUGGCACCUUGUGGGCACACUGGCAAGGUGCUGCUGCAACUGUAAAAAAAUAAAAUAAAAGAAGGUAAUUUCACAAACCCCUUCAUUUUGCUUUAUUAUCAUGGAGGCAGCUCCACAAUAUACAUAAGACAUUGUUGAGACUUCACAGUCUCACUCUCCAUACUAUCCUACAAGCUUGCAGGAUGGGUCCUAAUUCUGUUCCUUCUAAGCAGGUUCCUUUUUAACUCCUAUUUCUAGGACUUAAAAAAUCAGGGACUGUAGGGGGGAAAUCCACACAUUGGCAAUGUGUGCUAAUUGACCUUUGUCUCCAUCUUUCUCUGUACCUGGAGUGAGACCAACUCACUUUGUGAGGAAAAACAAAUGAAGUAUUUCUUAACCAAGACAGAGUAAGAGGUGCUAAUGGCCCCAGCCUGUGUGGUCUCAAUCUCCAGCACUACUUGUUGGGCAACCCUGUCAAUUUAGAGCUCAAAGGAGCCUUCGGUAUCAUGUAGUCCAACCCUGUCAUUUUACAGAGGAGGAAGUCAAGACCCAGAGAAAUGAGAUGACUUGCCCAAGACUACAGUCAUGAAUGUAGCUGAAUAUUAAUAAUGAUUAGCCAGCCUUUGUACAAUGCUUUAAAGUUUAUAAAAUAUUUUACAAAUGUUAACUAUUUUAUAGAAGGAAGGAAAGCAUUUAUUAAGCACCUACUGGGUGCCAGUUAAUGUGCUAAACACAGAUACCUCAUUUGGUCCUCACAGCAACCGUGGGAGGCCAGCCCUGUUAAACUUCCUGUUUUCCAAUUGAGGAAACUAAGGACUUAUUUAGAGUCACAUAGUCUUACAGUUUCCUCCCUAUCAUGUACUCUUCCAUCUAGUGACAUUGGCCACAUUGUUGUUCGACAAACAAGAUACUCUAUCUCUUAGCUCUAAACUGAUUUCCCUAUUCUCCCUUCUCUCCUCUGUCUGCUGUUUUCUCUGGCUUCCUUUAAGACACAAUUAAAAUCCUAUCUUUGAUAGGAAGUCUUCUCAAACCCUCUAAAUUCUAAUGCCUUCCCUCUCUUUGGUCCUAUUUUUCCUGUAUUUGGCUUAUUUGUACAUAAUUGUUUGCUUAUUUUCUCCUUUAGAUUCUCCUUCAGGGCAGUAACUUUUGCUAUUCCUCAGACAAAACAAUGUGCCACUUUCUUUUUCACUGGCUGUCUCUCAUGCCUGGAAUUCUCUCCCUUUCCUUAUUUCUACCUUUUAGUUUCCCCAGUGUCUUUCAAGCCUCCACAAUAAUCUUGAAAUUAAAUUCUGAAAGAAGACUUUCCUGAUCCUCCUUACUGUUAUUGGAAAUUAACUUUGAUUUAUCCUAUAUGGACCUUUUUUGUAAAUAGCUUUUUGUU